AUUUUGAAUCCUUUUGACUUUCAAGCUUGGAUGAAUUCCAGUCGCUGAUCGACAGUCAUAUAAUUAUGGAUCGAGGUACAGAUGAUGAUGUCAUGGACACCUCUCCAGAAUCAUAUGGAGAUUCAGAUGAUGUAAAGGAUACUUCUCCAGUGUCAUACAGAAAUCCAAAUGAUGUCAAUCCUCCAGUUACACAUCAAUAUACAGAUGGCAUCAUGGACAAUCCUCCACUGACAAAUUCUGAAAAAGAUACAGAAAACCUAAACAAAGAGAGUUAUGACCCAUUUGUGAUAGACUUAACUGCUCAAAAAGAAUUUCAGAUGCAACCAACUUCAGUUCCUUUCACAUCACAUGAUCAAGACCUUGAUGUAAAGACUCUUGGAACCUCAAAUGAAGCACAUGGAGAAUACAAGGAUAAUGUGAAACCAGUAGAAGAAGGGAGUAACCCGAAACCUGAUGGUAAUGCAAAAACUGUAGCACACAUGUGUUCAGGCUUUAAAGAUUCAUCUCACAACAACACGGAUCAUGGUGAUCCCGAUUUGACCAUUGCAGUGUUCGGAAGCUCUGAUGCUGUCCAGUUUGGAUGUGACAACAUUCUACUAGGAGAGAAACAACUCUGUCAUAAAAAUGCAGAAUUUCCAAAAAUCAUUCAAGAGAGGAAGAUAUCAGAACAUUGUGUCUCAGUGAUCAACAUGAUUGGCUCACAUGAGACUGAUUUCAAACCUCUCGAUCAUGUUAUUGGUCAGCUAGUGAAUGAAAAUGAAAUCCAUGCAUUCAUCUUUGUUGUGCGACUGGGCCAGUUAACAGAUGCUGAUAAGAUGGGUGUUGAAUGGCUACAGAGAAUAUUCUCUGAUCGAGUUCUUUCAUUUGUGAUUAUUGUCUUCACCUAUGAGAGAAAGGAAGAGUGUGAUACUAUAAUAGAUGACCUGAAGAGCAACUCUGUUCUGGAGCAGCUGCUGAAAAAAUGUGGAGAAAGAUAUCACACCUGCAGCAAGGACAUGAACAACCAAUCAGAGAUGAGAGAAUUGAUGGACAGAAUCAAGCGUCUGUUCACAGACAAUAAUCAGCAGUGCUACACCAGAGAGAUGUACACAACUUUAAGAGACCUGCAAGACAGCGAAUAUCAAAGUGGUGCAGAAACAGUAAGCAUUGGUGACACUAAUGCACAGACUUUGGGAAGCCUGGUCCAAACUGAUAAAGCAGAUAAAGAAAAGCUAGGUGCAGAGCAACUCAUUGACAGGCUUCAUCUUGGAGGCAGACUGAGAACUGUAGAUUUCCUUAAGCCAACUGUACAAUCACAGUCCCAAGAGUCUUGUGCAGAAGAGGAGUUGGCUUCAGUUUUUCUACAGAAAUUGAUGAUGAUGGACUACAGAGCAAGAUACCUUCAGAUUAUAGAGAAUAAUAAACCUCACUCACAACAAAGGAACAAUGAAUCAUCUGAAGAUGAUGGUGAUGCCUUUGAUAAUAUUUUUGGAGAAACUGCUAAACCCUCUGAUGAAACAGAUGCAGUCCAUUUAAUGGAUGUUCAGAUGGCUGUGUUUCAUUGUGCUGAUAGUUUCCUAAAGCAGCUCAUGGUGACUAAACUCUCACAGUGUCAGUAUGCUCUGCCUCUUCUUGUACCAAAUCCAUUCACACAACAGAUUGAGUUCCCACUCUGGACAUUUAGACAAAUCAACAAGAGCUGGAAGACAACUGAUGAUACAGGUAAAAUCUCUAGCAAAGUCCUGCCAGUCUACAAGGCAGAAACCCCAAUGGUGGCUUUCUUCAGGUUUGGCCAAGUGUCCUCAUCCAAGUCUCAACUAAUGAACAGCCUGAUCAAUGAGAAACACAACACAUUCUUCCACAGGAACUGCCCAGGCAGCAGCAGAACCAGAGUGUUGAUGGAUGGAGUGGUGGAGAUCGCCUGGUACUGUCCAUCUGGAGAGGAAACAGACAGAUUUACUCAUUUUGUUGCGUUCUGUAACCUCCAUGGUGAUGCAGGAGCCCAUGAAACGCAGCUGGAUAUCCUGACUGAAAUGGCCUCUGUAAAUGUUGCUAUUUUACCACAACUUGACAAGAAAGACAAAAGCAUGAGCAAGAUCCAAACCUUCUACAAGGACUCAAAGCCACUCAUCUGCCUUCUUACUGACAAUGAUUCAACUCUCACAGAAAUGCGGGAAGGGAAAUAUAAAAUUGGUUUAAAAGGCAGAAAUCAGUCAGUUGUAUUUGAAGAAAUCAGAAGAGCUAUAAAUAAUGGGCUCUUGUCUACUGAAUCAUGUUCCCUUUUCAAACUUGAAGAUGUGCCCAAAUGUUCUGAUAUCAGAGUAGAUGAGGUUGAUGAUGAUGACUGCAGGAAAGGAAAAGAGGCAGCACAGCAGAUGAUAAGUUUACUGGAGAAUAAAGAUCUGACUAAAAUCAAAGAAUCAUUUCUGCCAUUGCAGGGAAAACUGUGGCAUCAAUGGUGCCAGAAGAAUAAAGAACUUCAUCGACCUACAUUAGGAGAACUACAUAAGGGAACCAACAUAGAAAAGAACAAUUGUUCUAAGCAAUCAGAAAUGCUAAAUAUUCGUGAGCAGCAACGAACACCUGUCUUAAGUCAGUUUAUCCAACUCUUUAUUCAAAAACUGAAUUCACAAGCAGGAAAUGAGGUGGCAUAUUUUCUGAAAUGGCUGGGCAUCCUGCUAGACAACUACACUACUGAAAGCCUUUCAGCUCUUCUUCAUGAGUAUGAUGAAAAAUGGUCAACAGUCCUAAAUCUUAAAAAGAAACAUGAUAAAUCACAGCAAAUGACUGCUGCACAAGUUGAACUUGAGAGAGUAUCUGAAAAACUACAAGCUGCAACCUUUGGCUUGGAGCACAUACUGAGAGAGAUCGGUCAGAUAUAUGAAUCAUGUUCAUCUGUGAAGAAAAGCAAAAAAGACCUCCAGUUUAACUUCUCUUCUCUUCCAAGUCUUGCAGCAGAUAUGAUGAUUUCUGGAUUUCCACUGGAGCUGAUGGAUGGCGAUGCUGCCCAUGUUCCCCUGAUCUGGGUUACUGCUGUUCUUGAUGCACUCAUCCAGAAACUGGGAGACAAGAGAGUCUAUGUGUUGUCAGUUUUAGGGAUUCAGAGCUCCGGGAAAUCCACCAUGCUGAACGCCAUGUUUGGACUGCAAUUUGCCGUCAGUGCUGGCAGGUGCACCAGAGGAGCUUUCAUGCAGCUGCUCAGAGUGUCGUCGGAGAUGAACGCACUGCUAAAUUUUGACUACAUUCUGGUCAUUGAUACUGAAGGACUUCGUGCCCUAGAACUGGCCGGACGAUCAACAAGAAAUCACGAUAAUGAAAUGGCCACAUUUGUUGUUGGUCUUGGAAAUAUGACAUUGAUCAACAUCUUUGGAGAAAAUACCGCUGAGAUGCAGGACAUUCUUCAGAUUGUUGUUCAGGCCUUCAUGAGGAUGAAGAAGGUCAGACUGAGUCCAAGCUGCAUGUUUGUGCAUCAGAAUGUUUCAGAUGUUACAGCUGGAGAGAAAAACAUGGAGGGAAGGAGACGACUGCAGGAGAAACUGGAUGAGAUGACUAAACUUGCUGCUAAAGAGGAAGACUGUGAUACAGAGUUUUUCAGUGAUGUCAUUGCAUUUGACGUUCAGAAAGAUGUGAAGUAUUUUGCACAGCUCUGGGAAGGCAGUCCACCGAUGGCACCACCAAACCCAAACUACAGCAGAAAUAUUCAGGAGCUGAAGGACACCAUUCAAUCUAAAGCUUCCAAAUCUAGAGGCAUUACAAUGUCACAGUUUAAAAUGCGUAUUAAUGAUCUGUGGAAUGCACUGCUAAAUGAAAACUUUGUGUUCAGCUUCAAAAACACUCUUGAGAUUGCGGUAUACAGAAAACUAGAAACUAAGUACAGCGACUGGACGUGGAGCCUCAGAAGUGCCAAGAACGACAUUGAAGACAAAUUUUACAACAGAAUUGCUAAUGGAAACAUUAGGGUUCAGGAAAAUGACUUGUUGGCUGACAUGAGGAAUACAAAGGAGCAGGUAGAAAAAUCAAUCAUGUCUUACUUUGAGGAGGACAAAGACAAAGACAUUCUGUGUCAGUGGCGAGGAAGAUUUGAAACCAGAAUCAAAGAUCUUCAUGAUGACCUUGUGAAGGGAACAAAAAGAAAGUUGGAUGAAGCAAUUGAACAGAAAAAAGCCAGGGAGCAGCUGGAUCAAAGAAGGACAGAAUAUGAAAACAAGCUUUUCAUUCGGAGCAAGGAACUAGCUUUGAGACUGAAACAUACAGGAACAGAUGAACAUAUGCUUGAGGAGGAGUUUGACACAAUGUGGAGUAAAUGGGUCACAGAAAUGACCAAAGAGACAUCUCCACUGACAGACAUUAACUUUUGGGAGGAUGUGACACGGAUAUUAUCUGAAAUCCAUGAACUGACUCUUGUAGAUGAGCGCUUAAAACAAAAAGACUACAAACGGAUAGACCGCCGGAGUGAUUAUUGUGACUACUUGAUGUUAAAGAAGCAUCUGGAGCAUUCUGAUGAAACAUCAUCUUCAGCGGAAGCUGCCGAGAGCUCUAAGAAAAGCAAGACUGGGAUGUUCAAUAGAUUCGGUCAAAAAAUUAUGUCAGGCAUAGAAUAUUUAAGGGGGACUCAAAAGCCAAAAGAGAACAUGGGCAUAAAUGCUGAAUUUCAUUACUCAAUAAGGGAUCUGACUCACAAAAUUAUUCAGGACACUGAAAUGAUAAUGAAGAAGUCACCAGUUGGAACACGAGGCUACAAUGACAGUUUUGUUCAGGAAAUAACAGAUUGUGUUAAAAAAUCAGUACAGAAACAUCAAUCCGUGAGCCAAGAAUACAAAUUGAAAAGGGAAUUUAUCAUAGAUCUGAGUCUCCACGUGUGUGAGAUUGCAAGACAGACUUUUACUGAACUCCACAAAGAAUUCAGAGAAGCAAAUGACCCAAGACUUUAUCUUGAUAAGCAGAAAACUCAGUACUGGAACAUCUUCAAGAACUACUACAAAGGAGCAACAACAACAACCAUACUGAGUGAAUUCAUCUGCAGCAAACUUGAACCAUCUAUCCUACAAGCAGUUUACAACAAAACUGCUAAUGAUUUGGCCACACAGAUGAGGUCUGACAUAAAAGCUUUACGUGAGAACAGACCAAAUCUGGAGAAACACAUUCUGAGAUCCCUUGCAGAAAAGGAGGACUUUGAACAGUACAUCGAAUACAUUCAUAAUCCCAGAAGACACUUCAAAUUCUUCAUAAAGAAUGAAGUGAAAAGCUACUUCACCAAACAAAACAAACUGAUUUUAAAUAUUUUCAAAGGAAAUCUAAAACAAAAGGAGCAGAUUGUAUGUAAUGCAGUGAAAGCAGCUACAGUGGCGGUCAAGAGUAAGAGUGGGGACGGCAACAUGUGGUUCAGGUGCUUCACCAAAACACUAACAGAUGAGCUGAAAUUCACAGGUGACUCGUGUGUGGAUCUCAGUGAAAUUAAAGAUUUGGAUUUUCUUGAGAACUUUUUGAGUGACAGUCUAAAGGAAAAGAUGACAAAGCUACAAGACGGCUUUAAAAGCACUGAUGACAUAAAAAUGGAGAAAUGCAGGAAGACACCAGAUGAGCAUUUGAUUGAGCACUUCUGUCAGUGCUGUUGGGUUCAGUGUCCUUUCUGUAAAGCCAUCUGCACCAACACAAUGGAAGGCCAUCCUGGAGAUCACAGCGUUUCUUUCCACCGCAAUACUGGACUGAAUGGGUGGCAUUACAGAAAAACAACAAACUUGUCUAUUAGUAUCUGUACAACAGCAGUAGCGAGUGAUCGAUCCUUUCACCCAAAUUCCUCAGAUAAUAAAGUCCCCUGGAAAGAAUACAGAAAAGCAGGUCGCAAAUAUGCUAACUGGAGCAUCACCCCUGACCACUCUGAGCUGCCGUACUGGAAGUGGUUUGUGUGCAGAUUCCAGAAAGAUCUAGAAACAUACUACAAUAAAACAUUCCAAGGAAUGGGCGAGAUUCCACAUGAAUGGAGACAGUACACAAAAAAGGAAGCUCUGGAGAGUUUGGAUAAAUACAUGUAAAAAAA